ACUCAUGGCUAAUGCCAACAUCGAAUUGAAUCUUAGGCGUAGGGAGCUAAUGCGUCCCGAUUUAAAUACUCAGUAUCAACGCCUAUGCGCUCCAUCUGUCCCAAUUACACAACUUCUUUUUGGGGACGAUCUGACCAAAGCAGUUCAUGACAUAAAAACAACCAACAAAGUUGGAAAUAAACUUGGUCGUCAAACUGAAGGACGCAGCAGAAGCUUUGGGUACAGACAUUAUUCAGGUCGAACAAUGGCUUCAAAAAAGUACAUGCACAACCAGUCGUAUCCAUACCAAAGGGGUCAACCGGCAAGAAGCAACCAGAGCCGGGGACGAGGAUACAGGCGGGGCCAAAGCACAGUGACACGCCCGUAGCUGUCUCAAGUACUACCUCCAGGUUAGCACAGUCUAAUCGGCAGAGUUCUCCAGAAGAUUCAAAACGAUCAGGCAGAGGGACUUCUGGUUGUUCCCAACUGGCCAACCCAGUUUUGGUUUCCGAAGCUAAUACAUAUGCUGAAAGCAGAACCAAUACUCAUCCCAGCUUUUCUACAGCCACUCCAGCUACCGCAGAACAAAUCAGCGGUGCAUCCACUUCAGCCAAAGUUGUCACUACUGGCAUGCCACAUAUCCGGGAACGACUUGCAAGCACAGGUAUUUCAAACCGGACAAGUGAGAUCAUCGUGGCUUCGUGGAGAAGCAAGACACAAAAACAGUAUGCUUCAUAUUUAAGGAGAUGGGACUCCUUUUGUAGCCAACAUGGAAUUAACCCUAUAAAACCGACAAUAGGCAAUGCCUUACAAUUCUUAACAGAUUUAUUUGAUGGUGGUCUCAGUUAUAGUUCUGUUAAUUCUGCCAGGUCGGCAAUUUCGUCCAUUAUUUUGCCCAUAGAUGGCGUUACUUUUGGCAGUCAUGCAUUAACCACCAGAUUUAUGAAAGGGGUAUUUAAUUGUAGACCAUCUUUCCCUCGUUACAAAACAAUUUGGGACGUUGGUGUUUUGCUAAAUUUUCUGAAGUCAUUAGGUAGCACAAAUGAGCUAUCCUUGAAGUUGCUGAGUAAAAAAGUAGUUACGUUGCUGGCUCUAGUGACAGCUCAGCGAAUCCAAACAUUGCAUCUAAUAUGCAUUGAUGAUGUAUUAAUAUCUGACAAAGAGUGUCACCUUAGAAUAGGAAGUUUAUUAAAACAAAGUAGACCAGGAGUACAUCAAGCCGAUUUGGUUUUACCGAUCUUUUCAGAGAAUCCCGAUCUUUGUAUUGUUACCAAUUUGUCAGAAUAUAUAAAACGAACAAGUAUUGUUCGUGGUGAAGAAAAAGUUUUGUUUAUCAGUUUUCAAAAACCGUUUAAAGCUUUGUCUAGAGACAGUAUAAGCAGGUGGAUUAAAGAUAUGCUCAAGUCUGCAGGAAUUGACACGAGUGUUUUUACAGCUCACAGUGUACGGUCGGCCUCCACUUCAGCAGCUGCUACUGCAGGAGUUCCGAUACAGCUCAUCUUACAGACUGCAGGAUGGUCCGGCGCACAGACUUUCGCCAAGUUUUAUAAUAAACCUAUAAUUGAAAAACCUGCAUUUUCUACUUCAGUUUUAAAUAAAAACCGAUAAACUGUCACGAUACUUAUGAUCAAUCCACCAUAAACAGAGAUAUGUUUCCAGUAACUUCUGAUAGAAUAGUUAUUUAUGUAUAAUUCAGAAAGAAUGUGUAUGAUUAAUUUACAUAAUAAGUUCACAUUUAAAAACAAGGACUAGAAAUUGGAAAUGUUGAAGUUUUUUCACUGUUUUGUUUCCCUU